AUGGAGACUCGUCACAUAAUUCCUACUACCAUCACACAGCAGCAACCACUCAUAUCUAUAAGACCUAUCUCAGCGAAAGACACUUACGCCCUACGACAGGCAGUGCUUUGGCCCAACAAGCCGUUGUCUUACGUGCAGCUACCCGACGACAUCUUCGGUCAGCAUUUCGGAGCAUUCAUCUCCAAUAACAAUGAUAGCGACGCCAACAAUAAUGGCGAAGACAGCUGCAACAGUUGUAACAGUAGCAACAGCCGCGACAGUAGUAAACAAAAUCCCGAAGAACUAUUAGUGAGCAUCAUAUCGCUGUUCGAUGAUGGUAGUGGCGCGGCACGAUUUCGCAAAUUCGCCACCGCGCAGCUGUGGCAGGGCAAAGGCGUGGGGUCCGCCUUGUUGAGCUACACCAUCGAGGCGGCCGCUAGAAAAGGUGCCACGAGUAUCUGGUGCGACGCUCGACAGAGCGCCCUGGGUUUUUAUCACGCUUCGGCAUGA